CUGUGGACAGCACUGUAGAGGUCACGUCACGUUGGGAAUCGAAAGCGUAGCAAAACAACAAAGUUUGUGUAGUGUUUUUGAAAAGAAAUUUAUCCUGAAAUUAUUAAUUAUAGUACAGAAAUGUGCAUUUGAAGGUUUGUUGUGAUCAAAACUCGGCCAAUAGUAAAUACGCACUUUAUCGCUGAUUACGCUGAAAACAAAGAACGCUGUUGCUGCAAAACUGAAGUGGUGUCCUUCCCUCCUUAUCAGCAUAACUUCUCCCAGGGGGUCGGUCGCAUCGAGGGCGUUUGAGUUGCAUUCAGAACGUGGCCUACAAAGGAGGUAUCUCGUCGGUGUUCCGUGAUACGCAUUUAAAGAUGACCGGAGGACGGCAGCACCCCGCGAUGCUGCUGCUGGUGGUCAUUAGCCUCUGUGGGCUUUUCGAUGGCAUCCGGGGACAGGUGUUUUAUUACCAGCCGGAACAGGUGCAUUUGUCGUUUGGUGAAUCUCCGCUGGAAAUUGUGGUGACAUGGAGCACGAUGUCGGCCACCAACGAAUCCAUCGUCGAGUACGGUAUCGGAGGGUUGAUCCUGAGUGCUAGCGGAACGGAGGAAAAGUUUGUGGAUGGAGGAGCUGGCAAACACACCCAGUACAUCCAUCGGGUCGUGUUGCGUGAUUUGCAGCCUUCGUCCCGGUACGAGUACCACUGCGGUAGCCAGUGGGGAUGGUCACCGGAGUUCUACUUCCACACGACACCGGACGGUUCCGUUUGGUCACCGUCGUUUGCCAUCUUCGGUGAUAUGGGCAACGAGAAUGCCCAAUCGAUGGCCCGGUUGCAGGAGGACACACAGCGCCACAUGUACGAUGCGAUCGUACACGUCGGAGACUUUGCUUAUGAUAUGAAUUCGGAGGAUGCCAGGGUAGGCGACGAGUUCAUGAACCAGAUUCAAUCGAUCGCCGCCUACACGCCGUACAUGGUUUGUGCUGGCAAUCACGAGGAGAAAUACAAUUUCUCCAACUACCGUGCCCGCUUUAGCAUGCCAGGAGGGACGGAGAACAUGAUGUACAGCUUCAACCUGGGACCGGUUCACUUUAUCGGAUUUUCAACCGAAGUGUACUAUUUCAUGAACUAUGGCCUGAAAACGUUGGUCAAUCAGUAUGAGUGGCUGCGUCGUGAUCUGGAGGAAGCCAAUCGGCCAGAGAACCGUCGCCUGCGACCGUGGAUCAUUACGUUUGGCCAUCGGCCCAUGUACUGCAGCAACGAUAACGACAAUGAUUGCACACAUUCCGAAACAUUGGUUAGAGUGGGACUGCCAUUUAUGCACUGGUUUGGGCUGGAGGACCUGUUCUACGAGCACGGAGUCGACGUAGAGAUCUGGGCCCAUGAACACUCGUACGAGCGACUGUUUCCAAUCUACAAUUACAAGGUAUACAAUGGUUCAUACGAAGAACCUUACCGUAAUCCACGGGCUCCGGUUCACCUCGUAACGGGCUCGGCCGGUUGCAAGGAGGGUCGUGAACCGUUUAUUCGCAAAAUCCCUGAGUGGAGUGCCAUCCACAGCCGCGACUACGGGUACACGCGCAUGAAGGCUAUCAACGGGUCGCAUCUUUACUUCGAACAAAUUUCGGUCGACAAAGAAGGCGCCAUCAUCGAUUCCUUCACCAUCAUCAAGGACGAACAUUUACCGUACAAGCAGCUUCUGGAACGCGAUCGUAGUGAGCUGUGAAUCUCAGCGCGCUGGCAGCUACAGUUAUCGACCGAAGACACGGAACUGAAGCACGAUCAUUCAUUUAUAGAAAGUUGUUUAUUGAUCGAAAUAAAAUGGUACACGAAUGUGAUAAAUACUGUG